UCACAGCUGCCGCAGCUGCGGCGGCAGCGGCUCGAGGAAUGGCGGGCAAGGCAGGUCUUGGCGCAGCCGCGGGGGCCACGUUGCCAUGGUCUUGUCGAAUCGGGGCAUCUGGGUCAACAUAGGGGCGCCCUGACAAAAAACACGAAAAGUGACAACAAUGAGGCCCUCCUUAGGAGAAGGCAUGUGAGUCGUCAGUCGGCGCACCUCGCCCACGGUUCUGCUCGUUGACGCAGCCGUCCCCGAGUGGGCCAUUGACGCCGAAAUGAUUGAAGUGUUGAAAGGCGUGUGCAUGUGUUGCCGGCCAUUGUGCGUUUGAGGUGCGUCUCGCUGUCUCACCUCAUCCUGUGUGAGCCGCUGCCCGCAUAGGUAGCAGAAGUACGUACCCCCUCGGGCCAUACACUGUCGUGACUGCAGACACACAGAAUGCCAGCCACAGCUGCAUGUGGGUGCAACUAAAGCACUUCGCACAUCGCAUGUCAUGAAAUUGCAGCCUGCUUCUUUCUCCACCAUCACGCCACACUCGGGGCACCUCUGCACUCAAAGCAACGUCGCUUGUAUGGCUUCUAAGCUAAAGCAAGCACUCGUCCGUACCUUCCAUCUCUCCGGUGCCGCAAUCCGGUUGAAGGCCUGCUCUCCAUGAUUGUUGUCCAGCUUCCACUGCUGGUAUUGCUCGCACGUGCCAUCAUGGGCCUACAUGAAGACGUACAGUGCUGGUAUGCAGUUAUCUGUCCAUUCCUAAGUUACGUUCUCCGAGCAGUGGGGACAGAACUCCUUGUUGCAUUUCGGAUAUUUCACCUGAUAAUCAAUGGACACAGCGCAGCAGUGUACCUGUGUUUUUCUCCCUUGCCACGAGUGCAGACCUUCUUCAGUGUUUUGUCGAUGAUGAACGUGGCACAAUUGGGAGCAGGGCACGUGCUGCAUCACAUUCAGAGGACACUCCAGCCAUUUCGUCUCUCAUAAUGCGCGUCCUUUAAGCUUACACUUUUAUCUCGCCUUCGUCCAGUGGCUCCCACUGAUCAAAGCUGCAAAUAACAGACGUAAUUGCUGCAGAGAGGGUGCGUCCAAGCAUUUGCACCGAUAUCGGAGGUAUUUCUCUCGGUCUGCGGCACACAGGGCCCCCAUUAUCUGCGGCACGCUCAGGCCCUGAACGCACAGACGACAGACAAAGGAUGCAAGGGCCUCCGCCGCUCUGUGUCCGUUUACCAUUGCACACGGCUGCCCAUCAGAGUCGAAGCCGGGACACCUCAGCUCAGUCGCUGCGAUCAGGGGAGACACAACUUGCUACGGCCAUGCUCUCAGUGCGUGCAAUAAGAAUGACACCUACUUGAGACCUUCGCCUCGUCGACCUUUGACUUCACAUAUCGGGCGAAACAGUCACUGGCGGGAUGGAACGUCAUUCCCACCCAGUAGUUUAGUGCGUCCGUGUCUCUCUUCUCAUUUACUUGCAGAUGCGAUGGCCGCAGUCCAUCUCGGUGGACUCCCCGACAUGUCUGUCAUCCCGGCAUAUCAUGCACUCGAACUCUCGAGACGUCGACUGCAGCUCUUCGGAAUCUAUAUGACACGCAGCAAUCAAUAAAUGUCACAGAAAUCAAUAAAUGUCACACACCAUGACGCUUUGCUUGCAUACCCAGGCUCUCCAGGAUGGUGGCCAGCUCUCUCUCUUCCUCUUCGUCUCGCAGCUCUUGCUCCCUGUUGGCCCAGUCCUGGGACCCCACGCAGAAAGAGCGCUGUGGCUCAGUCAACAGGACGCCAGGACACUCGGGGCACGGCGCAGCGUUGUUGAUGAAGUCUCCGUCUGGCGUGUUGCCCCUUUGGAUGAUGACCUCAUCCCUCCUGAACUCGCCAGGCAU